UUCUAGACGCAUUACGGUAGACCAAACUGUCCCCUAACACAUCGCCAACACAAGACACAAGCGGAGUAAUUCAACACUGAUUUCUCUGCGAAUGAGCGAGGAACAGACGAGAUGCCAAAAACUCCAGCGAGAAGCAUUAUUGGGACUUUAGGAAAACUCACCGUGUGACUAACUGAAAGAAACCGAGAAGACCUGAAGCGACGAGGAGGCGUAAAGAGCCGCGUGCUUGUUCUUCAUGAACUUUGAGGAGCGCUGUGACCAUGCAGCCUUUGAGCUAGUGCACAAUUAUUGUUUCCACUUAUCACCCUACUGAGUGACCAGUCUGAGAGAGGAAGCCAGUCAAAAAAGGAAAGGAAGACUAAUAAAGACAGUUGUCGUUGAAAGUAAUGGUCUGAAGACAUCACUCAAAGAACAGGAUUUUUUUUUUUUCUUUUUGCGUUGCUCUUCUGAAGGUUUCUGGAAUCACUGGGACAUUCACGAGUGCUGGAGGGACACAUCCACAUGGUCCAGCCGUAGAGUGAAAGUAGAGUUCUUCACAAUAUCCUAACAGGUGCCACGUGAUGAUGGUAGAAUCAGCAACUGAGACCAUUCGAACAACACCCUCCAAUCAAAAUGGAGUCAGCAGCCUAAGCAGCCAAUCAGAUGGCGGAGGAAGAGAGGGCGGGUCCAAUGGUGACACCAAUGGGGAGAUCAGUCCGGUGGAUUUACUGCACCUUCAACAGCAGCAGGCCCUCCAGGCAGCACGCCAGUUCAUCCUCCAGCAGGCCACAGGACUCAACUCCCCCAGCAGCAAUGAGGUCAAACAGAGCCCUGUGCAGGUGCCAGUAUCCAUGGCCAUGAUGACCCCACAGAUGAUAACUCCUCAGCAGAUGCAGCAGAUCCUCUCUCCGCCUCAGCUCCAAGCUUUACUCCAACAGCAACAAGCCCUUAUGCUGCAACAGCUGCAGGAGUACUACAAGAAGCAACAGGAGCAGUUGCACCUCCAGCUUCUUACCCAGCAACAGCAAGCAGGGAAGCAGGCCAAAGAGCAGCAGCAGUUGGGGAAUAAACAGCUGGCUUUCCAGCAGCAGCUGAUCCAGAUGCAACAACUACAGCAGCAACACAUUCUGAAUCUACAAAGACAAGGCCUAGUGAACCUACAGCCAGGCCAAGGAGCAGUACCCAUUCAGAGCCUGCAGCAAGCCAUGUGUCCCACUGACCUGCAGCAGUUGUGGAAGGACGUGGCCGGUGUUCAGAGCACAGAAGAGGCCAUGAAACACGAGGGCCUCGAUCUGACCACCAACAGCUCCAACACUACCUCAUACUCGGCCUCCAAGGUCUCACCUCAGAUCCCCCAUCAUCCUUUGCCAAAUGGACAGAACUCUGUGCACACUCCAAAGAGAGACAGAGCAAGACUCUUUGAGUGGAUCUCGUCUUUCACCAAGGAGUCCAGUGACGAGCAUCUCACGCCUUAUUCCAAAGGCGCUCCCCUGCAGAGCACCCACUCAACUCACGAGGAACACACAGCCUCUCAUCCACUCUACGGACACGGCGAGUGCAAGUGGCCCGGCUGCGAAGCACUCUGCGAGGACAUGGGCCAGUUCAUCAAGCACCUGAACAGUGAACACGCCCUGGAUGAUCGCAGUACGGCCCAGUGCAGGGUCCAGAUGCAGGUCGUUCAACAGCUGGAGAUACAGCUGGCCAAAGAGAGCGAGCGUCUACAGGCCAUGAUGACCCACCUGCACAUGCGUCCAUCGGAGCCAAAGCCUUUCAACCAACCUCUGAACCUGGCCUCUAGCGUGUCGCUGUCAAAAAGAGAAAGUGAGGGGUUUCCUGAGGGCUUGCCUCAUCCCCCCACCUCUGCCGCAACUCCCAUCACCCCCAUGAGGCAGGGACCCUCCGUCAUCAGCUCCUCCAGCCUGCACGGAGUCGGUCCCAUCCGUCGGCGCAACUCCGACAAGUUCUGCACCCCCAUUGCUUCAGAACUUGCACAGAAUUGUGAAUUCUACAAAAACGCUGAUGUCAGGCCUCCAUUCACCUACGCCUCCCUCAUACGACACGCCAUUCUGGAAGCCCCUGACCGACAGCUGACUCUAAACGAGAUCUAUAACUGGUUUACACGAAUGUUCGCCUAUUUCAGGAGAAACACAGCAACAUGGAAGAAUGCUGUGCGCCAUAACCUGAGUCUGCACAAGUGCUUUGUGCGGGUCGAGAACGUCAAGGGUGCUGUUUGGACCGUGGAUGAAGUGGAAUACCAAAAGAGGAGACCACCAAAGAUGACCGGGUACGUGGACUCAAGUCCCACUCUCGUGAAGAAUAUGAUUUCUGGGCUGGGAUUUGGCUCCUUGAAUGCCAGCUACCAGGCUGCACUUGCAGAGAGCAGUCUUGGUCUUCUGAACAGCCCCACCCUGGUGAACAACAGCACAGGUGCGAGCCUCAACAUGCUGCACGUCGGCCACGAUGAUGUCAGCAGCACUGUUGAACAAGUCAACAGUAACGGCAGCUGCAGCCCUGGUCUUUCUCCGCAGCAGUAUGGACACCAAGUCCACGUGAAGGAGGAGCCCGCUGAGAUGGAGGAGGACAGCAGACCCGUGUCCCUCAUGGCAUCCGUCACUCAAAACCUGAGCAUGCCGUGUGACGAGCGCGACAUGGAGGAGGAGCUUCCCACAGAGGAGCUGGAGUAGGAGGAAGGCUUGAUGGAGGCAGAGCCCUGUCCCUCCCUCCCUCAUAUUCAAGAUGUUCAAGUGAGAAAACAAAGAUAAAAAACCAACUACAACUUCAAAAACCAAAACAGGGUUAGACCUCAUCUGUUCACAAUGCAAAAACACAUUUUUCCCCCACCUCAGUUUUUCAUUUCCUCAAUCAGUACCCUCAAAAAAGGCCCUUUGAGCAGCUGUGCGUUCAUGUCCUGUAUUCCGAAACAUGGUCUGAUAGAAGUAUGGACCAACGUAUCUAAAGCUACUGAGGGAAACCAAACGUCAGUAUACAAGCUUAUUUUUUUGUUUUUUUUCCACAAGUCAUUUGAGGUUUCUCUAUUUUAAGUCUUUUUUAGCUUUAAUUUCUAUGUUCUUUGGGCCUGAGAACACUGCUUUUCUAUGGGAUAAAUACACAGCGGUGAUUUACCUCAGAAAGAUGUUCACAUGUUUGAAAAAAAAAAAGAGGAAAAAGAUGACAAAUACACAUCUUUAGAAUGACUUUCAACCGGAUUUUUGUACUCGUUCAAGGGGAUGCUGCAAGACUCUGUAACUUUGCGGUCACACAGAAAAAUUCACCACCACUCUCGACAACGGCAAAGACUGAAACAAAACGAGCUGAAAGACUGGCAACGGCAUCCCCGGCUACCUGACCAACUCCUUUUUUGCUUUUUUUUGUGCGUGUCUCCCUUACAUGACUGGACUGAAGAAAUGGGCGAGGAUUUCUGUCUCGAGGCAGCGUUAGCCUCCGAUCAGACGGGUGGAUGCUUGCGCUUUCCCUAUCUGUAUCUGAUGAGGUAUCCGCAAGAAUCUGCCAGAACGUGUUUUUCCCCCCUCGCUCUUUGUCAGACUAAAUGUAGUUGCUACCCCCAAAAAAAAGGCGUAUUUCAGGAACUUUUUCGCUGUUGUUCUCCUGUGGUGCUGUUAUGACAGCCAGACUGACAUGAGGCUUGUGGAGGACCGGCUCAGAGACUUUAUUGACUGUAUUGUUGAUUAUAAUAUGUGUGCAGUAGCUUUCGAUUUCGUUUUACUUUCAUAGUCAUUUAUUUCUAAGGAUCAACAUUUUUUCAUUGUGAUGUAAUUCAACUAUGUUGUUUUCUGUUAAUGAUUGUUUUGUUUUGUUUAAAUUCUCUCAUCAUUCCAAAAAGGGGUUACGUUUGGGAGAGAAGUUCCAAAAUCCUUUCUUCUACAUACUCCAAAGUCCAAAACCUAGCGUUGGAUCCACGAAUAUUUGAGGAUAGCACUUAGCAUUAAGUGAAAGUUCCGAAACAGAACCACAGAGGAAAUCUAACGUUAAAUACCAACAAAACCACUCAAACAUUUCAUUCAAGAAGCUAAAACUAAAGAGACAGAGGUGGAAUACGCAUUUUGCAGGGCUCCCUGUAAGAUCCUGAAAAAAAAACAAAAAAAACAACUUUACAGGCACUCAUAUCUCUCUUUUUUUUCACGAAUUUGUUCAGUUAUUUGAAAUCUUAUUUUCCCAGAUUUGCGCCAUUUACUUUGUUCCUUUCAGAAUUUUCUGUAGUAGCCAAUUGAUACAGCUGCGAUACAAAAUAUUGCUUUAACGUAAAAGAUAACGCGGUCACGGAAUACCUCAGACCACAGUGUUCGCCCCUGUCGCUGUUAUUACAAAGGGGAUUUGUACUGUGGCUAUCCAACAUGGUGACUCUCUCAUUAUCAGUUCAAAGUUCUAUAGUUACUAGAUAUAUAAAAGUUAUUUGCAAUUCACUGUGUGAGUAGAAAGUGUCUGAUUAGCAUGUGAGAUUUUGCUUUCACUAAACUAUAAAAAACCUUUCCUCAGUAGUGCCAUGCCAAAUUCUGAGUUUUAAUUUAAUAUAUGUUGCUUUUCCCCCAUUUUACUUUUGUUACAGGUAACCAAAGAGAUAUUUAGUAAACCAAAAACUCUUUUUUUAUUUAUCGUUUCUUCUUCCUAAAGAACUGGCCAAAAGAACACAAACACGUCAUUUGAAUAUUUAAUUUUUCCUAUUAUUUCCAGUUAAAUCAUUUGUUUUGUUUUGUUUUUACUUAUACUACAGAGCAUUCCAAAAACCAAAGUGUAAAAUGCAAAUGCUUUUUUUUUUGUUGUUGUUGUUCAAAAAAGGAGAGAACUGUUUAAUAUACAUUAACACUACGUUUAAAGGCCAAAAAACAAACCGAAAACAAAACAAAAAGCAAAAAAAGCAGUAUUAUCAAGCCUCUUGCGGUUCCUUAGUUAAUGUACAAGCACUUACGGUCUGAGAAAGCUAGCUUUCUACCCCAUCUUGUGCUCAGGCGAUUGCAGUGUUGAGAACGCAGUCUUCACCGUCUAUGAUUGCAAAGGACUUUACAUGCAAAAGGCACUUGAAUAACAGUUAAUGUACUUUGUGACACUAGAAGCCAGCAGCAAUUACUCAGCAUUAUGGUUUACUUCAAUUACCAGUAUUUCACAAUUAAACGCAGUUCAACGAAUACCAAAAAAAAGCAGGCAAGCACUUGCUUGUUGUGCUUACCCUGCCUGUUGAACAGUAUUAAUAAGGGAUGGCUGAUUUCCACUUUUUUUCUUUUUUUUUCAUGUUGGAGGAUCUUUCGUUUCGCUUUCAAGCGUGGUCUGAUGUAUCUGGUCUUCAAAGAAAUAAAACCAAAAAUAAUGCUACCUCCUUUUAGAAAACGGUUCACAAAAUAGAUAGGCCAAUGAAAGUCACCUAUAGUCAUACAAAAGGAAUCCCUUUUAGUUUCAUUCAUCCACAAAAUACAAAAACAAAAAAAAAAAAUCGACACAUUGUCGAAAAAAACCAAAUUAUAUUUGUUGCAUAGCUGUGAACGGAGCUUGUCGAUUCCUCUCGAUUCCAAAUUCAUUAGCAUGAAUGGAAACAUAAACGAGACACAACGGGGAAAAAAAAAGACGACUACCUCUCCAUCUCCUCCUAUAAAAAAAAAAAAAAAAAAAAAUGCUGAGUCCUGUUAAGUAUGAAGCAUUAAGUGGUCAACAUAUUUAAAAGGGUCUACUCCAAAUCACAUAUUCCCCACUUUAAGUGAUCUAUUAGCAUAGUGUCUAUGUACAGGUCCUCUGUGCGGAGGCUUAAUUGUGUGUUCUAAUUCCGCAUGCAUAAUGAGAGGCCAGGCCAAUGAGAGCCAUCGAGCUGGCCGGUCAUUAGAGCGUACUCAAUGGGCCAGUCAGUUGGGUGUCAGAAAUGAUGAUAGGCAGAAUGCAUUAACGCGGGCCACUCUCGCACAGACCCCGCUUCCCAAUUAAUGCAAAGUGUAGCUUCGUGACGGCGGUGGAAAAAUAGCACGCGCGCACACACACAGACCAUCCCUGAGAGAUCAUCAUGCUUAAACGCUAAAAACGGGCCUUUAUUUUUACCAAAAUAUCCAAAGAGAACCAAGAAGGAAUUGAAAAACUCACGAACGAAUUGCUGCAUUCACUAAAUGGACUACAAUUGUGCUUUAAGGUACACGUGUAAACAAAGCUGUUUUGUAAGAUGUGGACUGAAACGCAUCAGUGGUGAUCGCCAUGACUCCUUCGUUACUUUUAAACACGACGUUGUGAUGAUGUAUUAUUGUAUAUUACCGCUCGGCUUAGCUCUCAAGGGCAUUCCCUCCUUUUCGUGUUUCCUUUACUUGUUUUCUUUUGGCUCUCCUUUCUUUUUCCGCACCUGUUUUUAGCUAUUGUAAAGUUUUGAGCUCAGAAUUCCUAUACUGUAUUGCUUAUGCUGAAGUGUAUGUAUUUAUCAUAUUAUGUGCUGCAGGUAUCAUGGUUAAAUUUUGUUUUCCUUUUGUUUUUUGGUUUGGUUUUCCCAGUUUUUCUGUCAUAACACGUCUGGGACGAUGAUUUUUUUAGUGUAUUAUCUCGAAAAAAGACAGAUUAAGAGUUAGAUAAGUGGUUUAGGUAACACACCUGUUUGUAUAUUUAUCUUAGCUAGGUCUAUUUUGAUACUUUUUGUCUCUGUAGUGCAUUUAUGCAUUUUUAAGGAAAAAAGAGAGAAAACAAACUAAAAAGUUGAACUCAUUGUGUAAUGAUACCUCAGAAGGACUUUUCUCAAAAGACAGGACCAAAACUUCAGAAAAACAAUGAAAGAGAAAAAGAAAAAAAAAACAUUGAAGAAAAAAUGUGUAGCCCUCUCUUGCUUAUAAGAAAGAGCAACUUUAAGGUGUUUCUUUUUUUUUAAUUAUUGGUCCUUUUAGGUGCCAAUAUGUGUACAGACUCCCUUUAAAGUCAAAUCAUUCCUUUAUUUACCAUGCGCACUCAAAGCUGUCUCUCAUAAGGCAAUAGCGCUCCAGAUUUGUGCAAAAGUUCUCUGAGAAAGGCUCUCAGAGGUAGACGAAAGUCUAUUUUUGACCACUGUUUGCCAUUUGCUGUGAACUCGGUGUGGCUUUUCCACAGUAGCAUACCAAAUAAGAUUGUGAAAAGGCUUUUAGAAAUGCAGUUCAUCUUCAGUGACCACCAAAGGGAUUGUGGCAAGAUGUUUGUAUUCCAAAUCAAUUCCAAGUCUGCCACAACAAAUGCGUGACGAAGGUGACGGCAGUAACGGUUAUCCACACCCUCACGCCGCCUCAGAGCUCCAUUGCCCAGUGAUGACUAGCUUUGAGCUGCCGUUAUCUAAGUAAAGGACCCUUGCAGGGGAGCUUUUGCCUGAUGGUAUUAACUUCUUCGGCCAAUCAAAUGGAACUACCACUUCUCCUCUCAUUGUAUUUUUACGAAUGUGUGUACAUUUUCAGCAGUGACUUCUAUGUACUUUAGUUUCAUUUUAACUUGUUUGUUUACUUCUCUUUCAUUUUGUUUUCAUUUGUUUUGCUUUUUCAGAUGAGACUUGGGGGAAGAAUAGGUGAUGGCUUUUGAAAUGGUAUAGAAAAUUAAAAAAAGGCAACUAGCCAUCCACCUUUGUCGUUCUAACCCCGGGUGACCAUGUUUAUGCCAGUCACUGCCGUUUUUCUUCAUGCUGUAUAAAAAAAACACAUAUAUCUGUGUAUUUGUAACCUGAAUCUUCUUGUGUCUGUCCAUGCAGACAAUAAAAAACUGUACAGUAGGUCUAGUUGCAUGUAAUCUGUACUAAUUAUUGACAAUGGCAUUAUAAAAUGCAAUAAAAAUACUUAUUACACUGUCUAA